AAACAUUAAACCAUUUAAUUUAAAACUAGUCAUUAAAGUGGAGCUGUUAUUACCCACAGUGAAACAUCACAUUAUCCUACUGUUGGAGUUGUUGUUUAUGAAUGAAUCAAACUAAUUUGGGGAUUAAACGUACUGACAAACAAACAACAGUAACCUAUAAUUUACCUGAGAUAAUCAUGGGUAUUAUCUCUGGACAGUGAUUGGAAACACCUAUAAAGCUAGGUGUUUGUCCCGAAAAAUGGCAACACUGAAGCCAUCAGACUUGGAAAGAUGGAGCAGAUUAUCAUCUUGUGCCUGGUUUCUACCUGUCUCUCAGCGGUACAUGCUCAGACUUUUUUGUUCAGCCCAAAAUGGGGCCCCAUUGGCUAUAAAGAACGUGAAGAGCACGAUGAGACAGCAAUGGAUGAAAUCAUUAAAACUAAUGAGUUCCAAGCUUCCCGGAUGAUAGAUGGCACUACCAGUCUCAGAGACGGAGACAUUGCUGUUUCUUCUGGAAGGCGCUCUAAAGUCUGCUUCGCCCGUAGCUGCCUCUGGUCUAAGUCAGUGGAUGGACAUGUCUAUGUUGCAUAUAGGCUCUCACCUGAAUACUCUGAAAUGGAGACAAAGCUGAUAAAGAAAGGGAUGGAAAGCAUAGAGAAAGGCACCUGUGUGCGGUUUGUUCCUCAGACUCACCAGCGGGACUACGUCGACAUUCAGCCAAAGUCUGGGUGUUGGUCCUACCUUGGUGCGCGUGGUGGAAGACAGACCGUGUCUCUCCAGAGCCCUGACUGCCUCCGGGUUGGAGUGGUCGCCCAUGAAUUCAUGCAUGCCCUAGGCUUUGUGCACGAGCAGUCUCGCCCUGACCGGGACAACUAUGUCACCAUCAUGUGGCCGAACAUUUGGAGAGAUCGGUUGAGGAACUUUGAGAAAUUUAAGACUGACAGUCUGGACCUACCAUACGACUAUGGCUCAAUCAUGCACUUUGGGAUGUAUGCCUACUCUCAGGAUGGGGAGCCAACCAUCAUUCCUAAGAACAGCCAGAACAGCAAGAACAUAAGGCUGGGCCAAGCAUCGACUCCAAGCCACAUUGACCAGAUGAAAAUCAAUAAACUUUAUAAAUGUGGUGACAUGGAUGGAUACUAACCAAACUGAUGAAAUGUGAAACAGAAAUGUGAUAGCUAAUAUAAUAAACUGAUCUAAAAUAUGGAAACAAUUUCAAUAAAGAUUGAUUCAAGCUUUC